AUGCAGCGCGUGCGCCUGCUCUGGCCGCUCGUUCGGCGAGUUCAUCAACGAGAGGCCCAGCUCGCCUCGUUACGAGCUCUGCACCGAAUGCAGCCUGAGGCCUUACGUCAGGUGCGGUCCCUAACCUCGCUGGGCCAGCUUGGACACCAAAAGAUGAAAGGUUCCGCUCGCAGGGACUCGAUAGCGGGACUCUGGAAAGGUCCACUCCGGAGUGUGCUGCAGCGGCGGACGCUUUUCAUUCAAACCGCUGCUACCCCGAACCCAAACUCUGUAAAGUUUUUACCUGGAUCCGUUGUGAUAGAAAACGAGGGGACCUAUGACUUUCCCACGCCGCAAGCAGCGAGAGCCUCACCCCUUGCGGAUAAACUCUUCCAAAUUGACGGCGUCGUGGGGGUCAUGUUUGGACCGGACUUUAUCACGGUCACGAAGCGUGAGGACAUUGAAUGGAACGUUCUCAGACCCGAGAUCUUCUCGGUCAUUAUGGAUUUCUACAUGUCUGGACAGCCGCUGUUCAUGGAUGCCUCAACGGGAAGCGCGGACGCGCCGGGUCUCAACGAGGAUACACGGAUCCUUGACGCGGAUCCUGAACAUGUAGCCAUGAUCAAAGAACUCAUCGAGACGAGAAUUCGACCUGCAGUCGCUGAAGAUGGUGGUAGCGUUUUGUACCGCGGCUUUGAGGAAGCAACGGGUACCGUCCUCCUCGAGCUACAGGGAGCAUGCUCGAGCUGUGCCAGCAGCAGCGUGACACUGAAAAAUGGAGUCGAAAACAUGCUUCGGCACUACGUGCCUGAAGUGAAAGCCGUACGAGAAGUGAAGAAUGCGGAACGCGAAAUGAUGGAGGCCGAAAGCAAUCGAAUGCUCCACGAACUGGAGCGUCGGUUUGCCCAGCAGCAUGAUGCGACGCCCGCCAAACGCUGA